AUGCUGCCUGUCAAGUUCGCCUCCUUCCUCAGCGCCUCGCUGCUGCUAUUGAGCGAAAACAGCCCACAAGCAAUGGCGGGAACUACCGUAAAAUAUACUGCAAAACUUGGCACCACUGUCGAAUGCCUCAGCGAAGUCAACACUGCCCGUGAGGCAGCUGCAUUGGCCCACUUCACUGAAGCAUCAACUACAGAAAACAAAAUAUCUGCACCUGCAGGGACAGAGCUUUCUGAGGGCGAAUGGAAAAAACUUUGUCAAUAUUUGGUACCAGAACCGCCUCAAGAAGAAAGCGUCCUAACGUCUGUAGAGCCCUUCAAGGAUGGAACCUAUGCUUUCAAAUCGCUGACUGCCGAGAAACCCAACUGCAGCGAAACUGUCGAUUACUGGAAGGCAGCCUACAAAAACUUCGCUGGACUGCCUCCGCCAAAAACUGAAGACUCAGACCUAUACAGCAAACAAGAUAACGUCUCUUUUGUAGCUCUGUAUAACCCUUCAUCUAAUGCCACAGCAGACUGCCGAGUCGUUACAUGCACUCAAACAAUUACCUCUCCUUCACUUCCUGCAGCUCCGCAAGUUGAUGAGGACGACGGAGCCAACGCCGGAACCAAAACAAAUGGCUAUGCGUUGCUUUGCAAGACGGUGCCUGAUGCUUUUGGAAGUGGUAACACUCCUCCAUUCACGGAAGAGCAGUGGAACAAGAUCAAAUCUUCUCUCACAGGCUCCGCGUCAAUAGCAGCUCCAAGCCUAGUUGCUCUUGCCAUUGUGGCAUUCGGCAUUACGGCUCUAUGA